CGGCGUUCGCGCGCGUGCGCGAUGUACGACGACAGAGAGACACACAGGGAGCUCAGCGCGAGUGAGUGAGGAGGCGCUGGCAAAGCUGUAGUUCGUUGGGUCGUUCGUGGAAAACCCGCAGUAAAACUUGCAUAACAUCUGCACAGAUACGUGGGAAGCUGCGCCCAGAGCCACGACUUCAGACAGUGGAAUGAGCCAGUCCCAUGCUGCUGCUUUGUGGCACAGCCAAUGUGUGCCUCAAGAUUGGACCUCUGUUUCUGGUAUUCUGUAUCUAGGGGAUCCCCUGCAUUUUCAUGGUAACUGAGACAGAUCAGAGGUUAUAAGCCAUGGCAGUAUGGAUCCAAGCCCAGCAGCUGCAUGGAGAAGCCUUGCAUCAGAUGCAGUCCUUGUAUGGACAGCAUUUUCCAAUUGAAGUUCGGCAUUACUUGUCCCAGUGGAUAGAGAGUCAGACAUGGGACACCAUUGAUCUGGAUAAUCCUCAGGAAGAAUUCAGAGCAAAACGGCUGCUAGAAAAUUUAAUACAGGAGUUACAGAAGAAAGCAGAGCAUCAAGUUGGAGAAGAUGGUUUUCUUUUGAAGAUAAAACUGGGACAUUAUGCUAACCAGCUUAAGACAACCUAUGACCACUGUCCCCUGGAAUUGGUCCGAUGUAUAAAACACAUUCUGUACACAGAACAAAGACUUGUGCGAGAAGCAUCAAAUUCAAGCUCUUCUGGAGGUGGUCUUAUAGACAGCAUGUCUCAGAAGCAUCAUCAGAUAAACCAGACUUUUGAGGAACUACGGCUAAUGACUCAGGACACAGAAAAUGACUUACGGAAAUUACAGCAUAAUCAGGAAUACUUCAUUAUCCAGUACCAGGAAAGCUUACGCAUUCAAGCCCAACUUUCCAGCUUGUCAGCUCUACCACCAGCUGAUCGACUGCUCAGAGAACAGACUCUGCAGAAUAAAAGAACAACAGUGGAGGCAUGGCUGACACGGGAAGCCAAUACACUACAGAAGUACCGUCUGGAUCUAGCAGAGAAACACCAGAAGACACUUCAGUUGCUCCGGAAACAGCAAACUAUUAUUCUUGAUGAUGAGCUUAUACAGUGGAAGCGUAGGCAACAGUUAGCAGGAAAUGGUGGUCCUCCAGAAGGUGGAUUGGAUGUUUUACAGUCUUGGUGUGAAAAAUUAGCAGAAACAAUUUGGCAAAACCGGCAGCAGAUCCGAAGGGCAGAGCAUUUGAGACAACAACUUCCAAUUCCUGGGCCAAUUGAAGAGUUGCUCAAUGAUUUGAAUGGAACGAUCACAGAUAUUGUGUCUGCACUAGUAACCAGCACUUUUAUAAUUGAAAAGCAGCCACCACAGGUCCUGAAAACACAGACAAAAUUUGCAGCCACUGUACGACUGCUGGUUGGAGGCAAGCUGAAUGUGCAUAUGAACCCUCCCCAGGUGAAAGCUACAAUAAUCAGUGAGCAGCAGGCUAAAGCUCUCCUAAAGAACGAGAAUACCAGAAAUGAUAGCAGUGGUGAGAUCCUCAAUAACAACUGUGUCAUGGAGUAUCAUCAGACAACUGGGACAUUAAGUGCUCACUUUCGAAACAUGUCAUUAAAAAGGAUCAAGCGUUCAGAUCGUCGAGGGGCUGAAUCAGUUACAGAAGAGAAAUUCACCAUACUCUUUGAGUCCCAGUUUAGUGUUGGGGGCAAUGAGCUUGUAUUUCAAGUUAAGACAUUAUCACUUCCUGUGGUUGUGAUAGUCCAUGGAAGCCAGGACAACAAUGCUACAGCCACAGUGCUCUGGGACAAUGCCUUUGCUGAACCUGGAAGGGUGCCUUUCAUAGUUCCUGAUAAAGUGCUUUGGCCACAGUUAUGUGAUGCUCUUAACAUGAAAUUCAAGGCAGAAGUGCAAAGUAAUCGAGGACUAUCAGAGGAAAAUUUGGUGUUUCUGGCUCAGAAGGCUUUUAGCAGUUCCAGCAUAAACCCAGAGGACUAUCGUACUAUGACAAUGUCCUGGUCUCAGUUCAAUAGGGAGAGCUUACCUGGUCGGAAUUUCACAUUUUGGCAGUGGUUUGAUGGUGUUAUGGAACUUACAAAAAAACACCUUAAACCUCAUUGGAAUGAUGGGGCUAUUCUAGGAUUUGUAAACAAACAACAAGCACAAGACAUGCUCAUGUCAAAGCCAAAUGGUACCUUUCUUCUGCGAUUCAGUGAUUCAGAGAUUGGAGGUAUUACAAUAGCAUGGGUGGCAGAAAACCCAAACAAAGCAGGUGAAAGGAUGGUGUGGAAUUUAAUGCCAUAUACAACCAAAGACUUCUCUAUUCGGUCUCUGGCUGAUCGAAUUAGUGACUUGAAUCACCUACUGUUUCUGUAUCCUGACAGACCAAAAGAUGAUGUCUUCUCCAAAUACUACACCCCACCCCUCUCUAAAGCAGUUGAUGGAUAUGUGAAACCGCAGAUCAAACAAGUGGUGCCAGAGUUUGCAACAGCAUCCUCUGAUUCUUCCAAUGCCAACACAUACAUGGAGCAUGCUUCAUCACCAGCUGUUGGUCACUCACAAACAUACAGCAUAUACCCUGCCAGUGGUGACCCAAUGCUGGAUGCAGAUGGCGAUUUUGACCUUGAUGAUACAAUGGAUGUGGCAAGACAUGUUGAAGAGCUGCUUCGGCGACCAAUGGAAAGUCAGUGGAUAAGCCACACUCAGUCGUGACCUUUAACCUUUGCCCUAAAAGAAUAUUUGCAAAAUUAUCUGAUGGUUUAAUUCCAUAGAAUGUUGUUUCAUAUUUUUUUAAGGACCGUAAUGUGAAAUGUUAAUAAUAAUGGUUGUGAAUCUAAUAUUUGGAGCAUGGCAAGCAUAUCACAUUUUCUUUGUUUUUGUCUUAUUGACUUAUUACUUUUAAUUUCUUUUAAUUGCUUGUAAUACAAAACAAAACUGUUGUUUUUACUGCAGUGAUAAAGCAUAUGAUAUAUUGUAAAAAGACAAUUUGCAUAUUUUGUGUUUUAGAAAAUGGAAGCCUACUGUACAAAGCAAUCCUUUAAAGUUUUUUUCUUGGUUUGUUGGCACACAAAUGUUACCUUUAUUGAAUUUCACUGCCUUGCCAUGAAACAGGAUUUUAUUGUUUAUCUUUUUUAUUUCAUAAAGGUUCCAAACUUUUGCAGUCAUUUAACAAGAUAAUUAUUCCUGUCAGUUUCUGUGUUUUAGAAAUAUUUGUGUUUUGUUUACGCUAUGUGGAAACAGUGAACCCAGUUUUUGGCAGUGAACUGAAUGUUUGAUGAGGGUGCACUUUGACUCUUGAUGAAUGAUAGAAGGAAUCUCCAUUAAGCAGGAUUAUGGAUCUAGUGAUACUAGCUUCUUUUUAUGCCUACUUCUUUGUUAAUUAUACAAAACAGUAUAUGCAUUUAAAAGAUGGAAAUAAUAAGUUGGGGUUAAGAACUUUUUGCCCUUUGUAUUAAAUGUAUUAUGCAUUUUGUAACAUUUAUUUUGUCCUAGAUCCAAUCCUUUUUCUCCAGUGGCCUUAGUAUUGUCCCUACAUUUGGUAUUUAUGAAAUAGUUUAAAAGUGUUCCCACUAAAAUGCUUUGAAAACUUACUUUGAUAUACCACAUAGAUAGGUCCUCACUAAUAAGCCAUAAGGAUCUCAGGAAUGUAACUGACUGCAGAAAACAAUGUAUUCAUGGGUUUUGUAGCAUUACAGUGUUAUGAGUAUAAAGAAAUAUUUUUCUCAAAUAUUAUUUUCCUAUCUAUAUACCUAUUGCAUACAGCUGUAUUCCUGGACAUAUAAUGAAAAUUGUCCAUUGAAUCAAAUGAACCUUGGAAUAACAACAUAAAAAUGCCAUACAAAAAUCUUAAAGGUAUACUGAAAGAUGUAAUGUUACAAUGAAGCUUGUUAAUGUGUUUUGUGUCUAAUUGACUUCUUUCUUGAAAAGAUACUCCAGGGAAUUAUAUUAACACCCAUUAUUUCCAGUAUAUUGUAAUGUAACUUAGAUAGCUGGUCCAAAUGAGCUGGGCUCUGUCUUUCUCUUUCUCUGUUUCUUUCUCACACUCAUGUAUGUAUAAAAUACAUACACAAAUGUAUAAAAGUAUAGGAGGAGCUGUGCUUUUUUUUUACGUGUUUUUAUUCAGUUCUUGGACGUAAGUUUACAGAAGACAUUAAAGUUUUUCAUUAAAUAAAUACAAAAUAAAUAAAUAAAU